AUGAGUCAGACUCACAGAGCCUGUUUGCACGAUGUUCAAACAGACGUUUUAUGUACGAUCUUGUACAGUCUUGCAAAAAUUAUCGAAUACUUCUUAGAAUCUCAAUCCUAUUUAUAUUCGAAGUUUUGAAACUGAUAUUAUGCAGUAUUUCUUUUUUUAUCCGACGAACUACAAAUCUAAUCUCAAAAUAAUAAAAAAAGUCGUAUAGCUUGGCUAUAAUUACUUUAUUACAAAGUUACAUAGUAUAUACUUAGUUACAAAUAUAUAAUACAAUAUAAUAUAUAUACAUACCAAUUGGUUCUUCAUUAUAAAAUACGGAAGAUUGACUAUAUAUAUUGACUAUAUAUAUAUAUAUUUUUUUUUUUUUUAGAUAGUCAAUAUUGUAGAUAAUAAUUCCUCAAAAUUUAAUUUCUCAUUUUCAAAAAUUUCUGUUAAUUUAUUACGCGAAUUUAAAUAUUUCCUCACACUUAUUUUUACAAAUUUUUGUUCAUGCUAUACUCCAUAUUUGCUUACAACUUUGUAUGAGAGUGAUUACAAUUAAACUUUAUAUAACAUUUUCUUUUUAUUUUUAUUGUAAAUUAUUUUUUUGCAGCUUGUUGGAUAAAAUAGGAAACAUCCUGUAUAUAAAAAUGCAGCAAAUGAUAUUAUUUUUACGAAGUAAUUGAGAUAAAUAUAAAGAUUAUUUAUUAUAUUUCAGCUUUUAGAUACAGAACAAAGAAGCAUACAACUCGAAUCCGACAUUUCUACUCUCUCAAAACUUGCAGUGGAAGCCGGCGGUUUUCUUGAUUCUGCACAAAAUGAUUUGCAAAAUAUCUCCGAUGAACUUGCUCAACUCUAUCAUCACGUGUGCACUGUUAAUGGAGAAAUUCCUUCACGAGUAGUCCUCGACCACGAGAAGAUUGUUCCCGAGAAGGAAGAAGAGAAUGGAAAGAUAGAAUGGUGUCGGACUUUGUUUAAGACCGAUAUUCAAAUUAAAGAUUUAGAAAGUCUGAGUAAAGCGAAGGAAGUCGCGAAACAUAUAGAAACUGCGAUGGAUCAAAUAAAACACCUCCGGAACGCCGUAGAGCAUACGAUUGAACUUUCCAAAGUUAAAGGAAUGCAGUCGAAUGUCUGCAAUGUUUGCGAAGGAUCAGUGAAUGAGAACAAGGCAGAAGUAGCAGAUUUACAAGAACAAGUAAUUAGAUUGAAGGCUUUAUUAUCGGCUAAACGUGAACAAAUCGCAACUUUAAGAACAGUGCUUAAAUCAAAUAAAAACACAGCGGAAGUAGCACUCACGAACCUGAAGGGUAAAUAUGAAAAUGAGAAGAGUAUCGUUAACGAAACUAUGUUGAAACUGAGGAACGAGCUUAGAAUGUUAAAAGAAAAUGCUGCAACGUUCUCAAGUUUACGUGCGAUGUUUGCCGCACGUUGUGAAGAAUAUGUGACGCAAGUUGACGAGCUGCAACGUCAAUUAGCCGCAGCGGAAGAUGACAGAAAAACCUUGAACUCCCUGUUACGACUGGCCGUGCAGCAGAAGCUCGUUUUGACUAUGAAAUUGGAGGAAUUGGAAGUCGAUCGAGAAUUACGGAAUACUCGAAGACAUGCCAGUAGUGCAAAUGGACGAGGUAGAAUGCGAAUGUCGCAACAGACAAACCGUCCUCAUUUAAGCAGAGAUUUCUUCUAG